CUGCCAUUGUCGUUGGCAGUUUUCCAAAGCUCUUUCAUUUUUAUUAUUAUUGUAUUUGGUACAUCUAAAUUCAACUAUUAUUUUUAAAAAGGUGUAAUUAUCCAACCCUUUUUUUCCAUUUCUGGCAACCAUCAGCUACGAGUUUUAACUCAAUUUGUUUCUAGAAAUGAACAACUUUCUCCAGCGACUCAGUGGGAUAACCUCGUUUGCCAUGUCGACGCUCAUGGCCCUCGUAGUUCUAAUCUCGCUAACCACCCCUUUCCUCCCAUCCAACCCCACGCACGCCAUCCAACUGCACAAUGUACAAACGACCACUGGGCGCAUGAUGGAUCCCUAUGACAAAACAUCUCGCACAGCAGAGUACGCCCGCCUAACCUUUGACGUGGACGCCGACCUAUCCAGCAUGUUCAACUGGAACACCAAGCUCCUGUUCACGUACAUCACAGUAGACUAUCAAUCUAGCAGUGGUUUCAACCGUGUGGUUAUUUGGGAUAGGAUUGUUCGGGGAAAGAGGCAGGCGAAGCUGAAGCUGAGGAAGCACCAUAAUAAGUAUUUGCUGAGGAAUUUCGCGCAAACAUUUGAGGGCGUGGAGGGCGCGAACUUGACUUUAAUCGUUAAUCCUGUGCCGUAUUUGGGUGUCAUGUAUGAUAAGACUAUGAGCAGCAUUCCGUUCAGUAUUCCUCGGGCGCUCAAGGCCGGAGCCAAGAAAUGAGCGAAAAAAGGAGGUGAUGUAGCAAAUAAUUAGCCGGGGCUUAUAAUUUUCUUUCACAGAGAGCCGUUUUUUUUGUUGGCCAAACUUUUUUAUAUCGAAAUGACAGUUAAUAUCAAAAUGAUAUACCAAAAU